CUGACAAGAACGUCAAGAUCUGGGGCAUGGAUUUCGGAGAUUGUCACAAGUCCUUAUUUGCUCAUGAUGACAGUAUCAUGCAAGUGGCAUUUGAACCGCGCACACAUAACUUCUUCUCCAUCUCCAAGGAUAAAUGGGUUAAAUACUGGGAUGGGGACAAGGGUUUAAGUCUGAUAGAUAUAAUUCAGUUUGAGUUGAUACAAAAAUUGGAUGGACACCAGGGCGAAAUUUGGGCUCUAGCUGCUGGAAUUGGUGGCAAAGUCAUCGUCACUGGCUCACAGGACAAGUCUAUUCGAAUAUGGGAAAACACAGAAGAGGCGCUGUUCUUGGAAGAAGAGCGGGAAAAAGAAAUGGAAAGACUAUACGAAGGCGAUAUAGCAGACGAAAUGAACAGAGAGGACGGAAUCAUAGGGUCCAGAGCAGAAGGAGCUAUAGACGAUCCCCUCGCUUCCCGCACAGAGACAACAAUGGUACAAAAGCACACCAUGGAGUCAUUGAUGGCAGGAGAAAAGAUUAUCGAGGCGCUGGAGCUUGCAGAUAGAGAGUUGGAAGGCGCCAAGGAAUACGCCAACGCGAUAGAACGACUCCCCGUUAGUGAGAAAAAUAAGGUUGGACCCCCUCCGCGAAAUCCUGUAUUAUCCGCACUGGAUAUUACCCCAGAGUUGUAUGUACUCAAAACGGUGGAGAAGGUCCAACCCUCGGCCCUAUAUGACGCUCUGUUGGUCAUACCGUUCAGCAAAGUCACCAGCCUUUUACAUUACAUGGACAUAUGGGCCAGUCAAAAGUCCCAGAUCAGUUAUAACCUGGCAGCACUGAAAUACAUCAAGCGGCAGGAGGAAAGUGCAAGGACCGCCGAGUUCUACGAACGUGCAGAACGGGAGGAAUGGGCCGAAGACGAGCUUCAGACCCUGAAGGAACGGAUCCAGAAGGGGGAGAGCCGUAAGAGGAAGCGA